AUUUGGACUACAAACAUCUCUCGCUUGGUCACAUGAUAACAAAAUGGCUGUAGCACGAUUGUUGUGAGGCAGGGUUCAAGAUGACAUCAACAUAUCAUUCUUCGGUCUUAGAAAUGUUUAGAUUUUGAACAGACUUCCAGCCUAUGUUGUCGUGGCAUUGAGUCUUAACGCGUUUAGAAAUAGAUUAGAUACGCUGCUGCGUAUGUAUGCUUAGCACUGCUGUUAAUAAGGGCUGAUAAAAGUAAAGUCAAAGACCAGCAGAAGAAUGAGAUAAUUUCAAGAAGUUUUCAGCCUGCUACUAGGCACGGCAGCAGACCUGAUGAAUGAAAUAUGUUACUCAGUCCUAUUGCUUGUUUUAAGACUUUAUUUAUACCAGAGGGCAACUAUUGCCAAAACAUACUCCUGUAAUCUGACUGGUGGUUACCUGCAUCAUGGAUUUAUUAACAUGUUUUAGUUUAUGGAGACGCUGGAUCAUACCACUUUGUGUAACAUUAUACUUUAUUGGGCUUGGAGUCGCUAUACCAUUGUGUAUUAUUGAACUGCAAAGGAUUGGAGCACCAGAGCAUGUUUUAGCAUGGUUUAUUGGGGGUAUAUUUGUCAUGCUGGCAGUCCCUAUUGUUCUUUGGGAGAUUUUGCAACAUAUUAUUCACUACACUAGGCCAGAUCUACAACGACAUAUUAUCAGGGUUCUGUGGAUGGUUCCAAUCUAUGCAAUUAAUGCGUGGUUUGCCUUGAGAUUCCCAGAAGCAGCCAUUUAUCUGGACACUGUCCGUGAAUGUUAUGAGGCCUAUGCUAUUUACAACUUCAUGCGUUAUCUUCUUAAUUUUCUUGAAAGUGAGCACCCACAUUUUGAACUUGUGCUGGAAAACAAGCCACCUGUUAAACAUAUCGUGCCGGCAUGCUGUGCCAAGCCCUGGCCACCCGGGGAGAAAUUUCUGAAAAGAUGCAAGCAUGGAACACUUCAGUACACUAUUGUUCGACCAGCCAUGACUAUCUUAGCUUUGAUCACUGAAUGGGCAGGGGUUUAUGGUGAAGGAGAUUUCAGUUUCAAGAAUACCUGGUCCUAUAUUGUGAUCAUCAACAACAUUUCACAAGGGCUGGCGAUGUACUGCUUGGUCUUAUUUUACAAGGGUGCUCGCGAGGAACUUCAACCUGUGAGACCUUUAGCAAAAUUUCUCUGUGUCAAAGCUGUGGUCUUCAUGUCCUUUUGGCAGUCAACAGUGAUUGCAGUUCUGACAAAGCUAGAUGUUAUCCCACAGGAUGGUGCCUGGGUUUUUUAUCAAAACAUUCAUCAAGUAGCUCUUGGACUGCAGAAUUUUUUGAUCUGCAUUGAGAUGUUCUUGUGUGCUGUUGGUCUUGCAUACUCCUUUUCCCACCACCCUUUUAUUGACAACGGUGCUCUCCAUGAGGAUUGCUUCAGGUCUUUCUUGAGCAUGUGGGAUGUGAGAGACAUGGGAAAGGAUGUUGUUGACCAUGCUCGCUAUCUUGGUCGUGGAGCCAAGAAGAAGGCAAGCCAGGCUCUGCUGAGGAGGAGAAAUGAUUCAACAGAGCAGACACCUUUGUUGGCAGCUGCCGAUUCAUCUAUUUCAAAAGACUCAAGUGAUCUUUCUAGUGUGAACAGAAGACCACCCACACCACCUGUUGUUGUGGAAGCACAAGGGAAUGAACCAGGAGUCUAUGAUUCUCACAGCAUUUCUGAAGCCGAGUGGGAGAGAUCUGGUGAAUCAUUCCUUGUCCAGUCAGCCACAUCUAGCAUGAACAACUACUUAGAGUUUAGCAAUAGUGUUGAAGAGGUGCAACAGAACUCUGCUGAAUCACUUCUUAAAGAUAGCGAGAGGAGGGACAAGCCAACAGAAGAGCUAGUUUAAACAGGAGAGAGAGCUGCAUACUGUGAUACAAAUUUAUUGCUGACUUGGUGAAAACAUCAGAAGUCCCAAACCAACAUGCAGAAGUCUAUGUGUGCAGAAGUCAUCUCAAAUUGUGCUUUCAAAUAAUUAAAACUGCUUGAUUUUUUUUGGGGAAAUUUUGUAUUUACUUUGCUCUAAAUGAUGAGUUACAGAAGCUUUUCAUCCAAAUGUUUAAUUUUUUUUUUUAUUAUACAGAUAUAGCAAUAUUAAAAGAGUACCAGAUACUGCAUAGAAAUGCAUGCAUAACAUUUCAUCAACAACAUAGGAUGUUUGAAUUCUCGUUAUCUCCUUGAAAGGGUUAUGUUUGUAUCUGAAAGCCUAUGACUGUAGUAAUGAAUGAUACUUUGGCAAAGUAAAAUGUUUUAAGAAAAUAGUACUUUGAUUCAUCUAAAUAUUCCAUACAUUUUUUUGGAGGUGUUCUUGCUACUUGAGUGGAGAGCCUACACUGGAUUAAUGUUUGAUUUGUGAGCUUUUUUGUGAUAAUCUAACCUUACCAUGGCAUUGUUGUAAAUAGGCUUAGAUUUUUACCUUUUGGAUUAUUAGUACAAAUCAAAAACAGUAUGUCUCACGAGGAAAAAAAUGGAACUGUUGUAUUGUUUACUUGUUACCUGUUGUAGCAAAACAAAGGCAGAGAAAGGAA